AUGGCGACAAGCUCGCAGGGGCCGUCUGCCCCAUCUCACAACCAGUCAUCACUACCUUCUCUACCCCAACAUCUUCAAACAGAUGCCCAUUUGGCUGCUCAUCUAGCGAGCCGAUUUCAUGUCUCCCUUCCUACAGCUAGACUGUCUUCACAUGCUUUAAUAUGUUUGAAUACAUAUACGUCGUCAACAAGAGGCCCCGAUGGCCUCAAGGCUGGCAGUGCGAUGGGGGAGGCGGAUGAUUUGGCAAAACGUGCCUGGACAAGACUCGGGGCUAGAGGAGAAAAUCAGGCCGUUGUUUUCUUGGGCGAGUCUGGCUCGGGCAAAACAACGAUUCGUUCUCACCUUGUGUCCUCUUUACUUUCAUUCUCAUCCACUCCACUUUCCACCAAAUUGUCUUUGGCAGCCUUCGUUUUCGACACGCUUACAACCACCAAAACCGUGACGACCCCAACUGCAUCGAAAGCAGGUCUAUUCUUCGAACUACAAUACGAUGGUUCUUCCACUGUUAACCCGACCUUAAUUGGCGGCAAACUUCUAGACCACCGGUUGGAACGGAGUAGGAUUGCGUCCGUACCCACCGGCGAGCGUAGUUUUCAUGUUCUAUAUUAUCUAUUAGCCGGAACCAGUGCCGCCGAAAAGACACAUCUCGGGUUGGACACAUCAGACAACGCCCUUGCGACUGCACCGACAAAACUAGCCUCAGGACAUGUUGCGCAUAAGCGUUGGCGAUAUCUCGGACACCCAACUCAGUUGAAAGUUGGCAUUAAUGACACGGAAGGGUUUCAACAUUUUAAGACCGCAUUGCGGAAACUAGAGUUCCCUCGAAGUGAGAUAGCAGAAAUUUGCCAAAUCCUUGCCUGUAUUUUGCACAUUGGGCAGCUGGAAUUUACCACCGGCCAGGCAACACGGACUGGCGCUGACGAGAGCGGCGGAUAUUCCCAUGAGGGGGGUGAGACUGUGACAGUGGUUAAAAAUAAGGACGUUCUGAAUAUUGUGUCUGCAUUCCUUGGUUUGAGCGUUGACGAGCUAGAAAUGAGUCUUGGAUACAAGACGAAGACGAUUCAUAAAGAACGAGUUACUGUCAUGCUGGACCCAAAGGGCGCUCGAACAAACGCGGAUGGGUUUGCCCGGACACUUUACGCUCUUCUUGUCGCCUAUGUGAUUGAACAUAUCAACCAGCGGGUCUGUGCUCCUGAAGAUACCGUUGCAAACACAAUCUCUAUCAUCGACUUCCCUGGCUUCGCACAGGCAUCCACCACGAAUUCCACCCUUGAUCAACUGUUAAAUAAUGCCGCAGCAGAGUCUCUUUAUCAUUACUGCCUGCAAAAUUUCUUCGAGCGCCAAGCAGAUAUGCUAGAAACUGAGGAGGUUAAUGUUCCAGCUACUAGCUAUUUUGAUAACUCCGAUGCCGUAAAAGGACUUCUCAAGCAUGGUAAUGGUCUUCUUUCUAUCUUAGAUGACCAAACCAAACGUGCUCGAAGCGAUAUGCAAUUUUUGGAAAGCAUCAGAAAGAGAUUCGACAAUAAAAAUACGGCUAUCGCCGUGGGUAGCUCCACGGCAGUUCUACCGGGGAGUAAUUUCGCCAGUGAAAAUGCGGACCCGAUUUUCACUGUGAAGCAUUUUGCGGGAGAAGUUGAUUACCCUGUCAAAGGCCUCAUUGAGGAAAAUGGUGAUUUGGUGUCAGGGGAUCUACUUAAUAUAAUUAAUUCUACCAAGAGUGGAUUCGUUCGGGAGCUGUUCGGUCAAGAAGCCUUGCAGACAAUUUGCCACCCUAAAGAAAAGAAUACCAUCAUGCAAGCUCAAGUCAGCUCUAAGCCACUAAGAAUGCCCAGCAUGGCACGACGGAAAAUGAGUAAACCCUCAAGAUUUGCAUCUUUCGGGUCACAGUCAGAGCCAGAUGAAACCGAUGAUGCCAGCACGUCUACAAUUGCCAAAAAAAUUGGUUCCGGUGGGAAGAAGGGGCAGGUAGCCGGUGCCCCCAAACAGGGCGCAGCGGGUCAAUUCCUCGCUGGUCUUGACAAUAUCACCAAAUCUCUCUCCGCUACAAAUGUCAAUCCAUAUUUUGUCUUUUGUCUCAAACCGAACGAUCGACGAAUUGCGAAUCAGUUCGAUAGCAAGUGCGUGAGAACCCAGGUUCAGACUUUGGGAAUUGCUGAAAUUAGUCAACGUCUUCGAAAUGCGGACUUUUCCAUCUUUUUGCCAUUCGCAGAAUUCCUUGGACUUGCAGAGGCUGAAUCAGUUAUUGUUGGCAGUGACCGGGAAAAAUCUGCUCUAAUUGUAGAAGAAAAAAGAUGGCCGCAGAACGAGGCCCGCGUUGGCAGCACAGGCGUUUUCCUAAGUGAAAGGUGCUGGGCAGACCUUGCUAAGGUCGGCGAAAGAGUUGUUCCAAGUUAUAGUGGGGAAGGGACAGAUGAUGGCAGAGACGCCGCUUUGCCUACCGGAGCCAAUCCGUAUGGUGACUCCAAGGUUCGUUUACUGCCCUCUGGAGAAUCAACUCCUGGAGCAUUUAUCUAUGGGGAUGAUAAGCAAGGGUAUUUCGGAAGCCGGGAAUUGGAUGGCCGGUCAGAUGCCGGCGCUUCCGCUUUCAAUUCCGGUGAUAUGUUCAAGAAUCUAGAGACCCGAGAGCAAAUGGCGGAGCGAAGUAACGAAAAGCAAAUGGUUGAGGUUGAGGAUGUUAUCGUCUCAGGCAGCCGUAAGCGCUGGCUUGCUCUCGUUUACCUUCUUACUUUCUAUAUUCCCGAUAUCUUGAUUAAAUGGGUCGGCAAAAUGAAAAGAAAGGAUGUUCGCAUUGCUUGGCGGGAGAAGCUUGCUAUCAACAUCCUCAUUUGGCUCUGCUGUGGGCUUGCUGUUUUUUUCAUUGUCCUGUUCCCGCGCUUGAUUUGUCCGACGCAACAUGUUUUUUCUGCCGCAGAACUUUCAUCCCAUGAUGGCAAGGGAAAGAAUGGGGCCUAUACUGCCAUUCGAGGAGAAGUCUUUGACCUCGGGGCAUUUCUUCCCGCCCAUUACCCCGGCAUCAUUCCUCGACAAGCCUUACUUAAAUAUGCCGGCGUCGACGCCACACGCUUGUUUCCUGUUCAAGUUUCAGCGCUUUGUAAGGGCAAGGGUGGUGACGCUCAGCCACUUGACCCUUCAGUCAUAUUCGAUUUUACACCUGUUAAUGUAUCUGGUUCCGCUAAUGUCGUGAGCGGCAACGAUAAAAACUUCCAAUACCACGACUUCCGAUCUUUCAAAAAUGAUUCUCGUCCAGCUUGGUACUAUCAAAAAAUGCGGUAUCUUCGCUCGAAUUAUAAGAAAGGAGAGCUGGGUUACACUAUGAAGCAUCUUAAAACACUUGCAGAAAAGAGAUCACAGUACAUUGCUGUCCUACAUCAAGGAGUAUAUGAUUUAACGAAUUACAUCGCAGGUGGUCGGUAUACAAGACUCCAGGACGGAAAUAAUAAUCCAGGCGUGGAUGUGGAUUUCAUGGAGCCCCGUGUGGUUGAAUUGUUCCAGCAAAAGUCUGGAUUUGAUAUUACUGAAUACUGGAACAGGCUCCCAAUCAGCGGAACCCAACGUUAUGAUAUGGAGGUAUGCCUAAACAAUUUAUUCAAGGUUGGAAAGGUGGACACCAGAAACUCUACACAAUGCCUCUUUUCUCAAUAUUUCGUGCUCGCCAUCUCAAUAUUGUUGGCAAGUAUAAUUGGUUUCAAGUUCUUAGCCGCACUACAAUUUGGGAGGAAGAAUACUCCAGAAAAUCUCGAUAAAUUUAUUAUAUGCCAGGUACCGGCGUAUACCGAAGAUGAGGAUUCUCUUCGCCGUGCAAUGGACUCUAUGGCUAGAAUGAAAUAUGAUGACAAGCGAAAGCUCCUGGUUGUUAUUUGCGAUGGUAUGAUUAUUGGACAAGGCAAUGAUCGGCCCACACCUCGCAUUGUUCUUGAUAUUCUAGGCGUCCCAGAUACUGUUGAUCCGGAGCCAUUGAGUUUUGAAAGUUUAGGAGAAGGAAUGAGACAGCACAACAUGGGCAAGGUCUAUUCUGGCCUGUACGAAGUCCAGGGCCAUAUUGUCCCAUUUUUGGUUGUUGUGAAAGUUGGUAAACCGUCUGAAGUCUCCCGCCCUGGUAAUCGUGGAAAACGUGACUCUCAGAUGCUUUUGAUGCGGUUCCUCAACCGUGUUCACUACAAUGCGCCAAUGAGCCCCCUUGAAUUGGAGAUGCAUCAUCAGAUCCGAAAUAUCAUUGGAGUGAACCCAACCUUUUAUGAGUUCAUCCUACAAGUUGAUGCAGAUACCAUUGUUGCAGCAGACUCUGGUACUCGAAUGGUGGCUUCCUUCUUACACGAUACCAAAAUUAUUGGGCUUUGUGGGGAAACAGCUCUCAAUAACGCCAAAUCAUCUAUGAUCACCAUGAUUCAGGUUUACGAGUACUGGAUUUCUCACAAUUUAACUAAAGCUUUUGAAAGCUUGUUCGGCUCCGUGACCUGUUUACCCGGUUGUUUUAGUAUGUACCGAAUCCGCGCUGCGGACACGGGAAAGCCUCUGUUUGUGAGCAAAGAAGUCGUAGAUGCUUAUGGGGAAAUUCGUGUUGAUACCCUUCAUAUGAAGAACCUUCUUCAUUUGGGUGAGGAUCGAUAUCUCACAACACUACUGCUGAAGCAUCAUCCAAAAUACAAGACUAAAUAUAUUUUCAAUGCGCAUGCAUGGACCGUCGCACCUGAUAGUUGGACUGUUUUCUUAUCACAACGACGCAGAUGGAUUAACUCCACUAUCCAUAACUUGAUCGAACUUAUCCCACUCCAACAACUUUGUGGAUUCUGCUGCUUCAGCAUGAGAUUUGUUGUUUUCGUCGAUCUUCUUAGCACAAUUGUCCAGCCGGUUACUGUCGCCUAUAUUGUCUACCUUAUCGUCCUUGUGGCAAUGAAUCCAACUCUGAUUCCAAUCACAGCCUUCAUUUUGCUUGGUGCUAUCUACGGUCUGCAGGCGCUUAUUUUCAUUCUCCGUCGAAAAUGGGAGAUGAUUGGUUGGAUGAUUAUCUAUCUCCUUGCUAUGCCUAUAUUUUCCCUAGGUCUUCCUCUCUACGCUUUUUGGCAUAUGGAUGACUUCACAUGGGGUAAUACACGUAUUGUCACUGGGGAAAAGGGCCGUAAGAUCGUCAUCACAGACGAAGGCAAAUUUGAUCCAUCUUCAAUUCCAAAAAAGAAGUGGGAGGAAUAUCAGGUUGAACUUUGGGAAGCCCAAACGUACCGUGAUGAUCAGUCCGAAGCAUCCGGAUACUCUUAUCGAACCAAGUCGUACCACCCAGCGAUGUCUGAAUAUGGAUAUCCGCCCGUACGACCAGCCUCUCAGCUCGAUUAUAAUCGCCAAUCCCGAAUGUCUCUUACUGCCUCUGAACUCCUUGGCCGCGGUUCGGAGCUCGAGAUGACUGAUUUCUCUGGUCUCCCAACUGACGAUGCCCUGUUGGCGGAGAUCCGAGACAUCUUAAAAACAGCCGAUUUGAUGACCGUCACGAAGAAGAGUGUGAAGCAGGAGCUCGAACGAAGAUUCAAUACCAACCUGGAUGCCAAACGAGCGUACAUUAACUCUGCUACGGAGGCCGUCCUUGCAGGCCAACUCUAA